AUGGAGAAGGGUGCGGGGUCAUGUGCUGGCGUUGUGGGGCUGACAUUGGAGUGCGGCACGGGGCAUGCCCGCACCAUGCGAUGUGUCGAGUGCUGCUCCAACGGCGCCCACUCUGCGUGGUCGGCACUAUGGAGCACCUCCACAACGCCUCUGGUGAGCAACAAGGCUUUCAACUCCGGUUCCAAGUCGCUCACCUUUGGUCAGUGCGACCUCUCCCUCUUCGCCCACGUCAUGCACGCGAUCAAGACUGACGCGGAAGCCGAAGGGGAGGACCUGACGCAGUGGGAGUUCGUUGACCUGGGCUCAGGCAUGGGCCGGGUCGUGUUUGCGGCUCACCUGCUAUGCUCCUUCCACAGGAGUGUGGGGAUCGAGCUGGUGCAGGACCUGCACGCGAUCGCGCAGGCCAAACUGGAAGUGUUCCUCCUCGAGCCGAAGGGAGAGGAGCAGCAGCAGCAGCGAAUACGCUUCGUCCACGGCGACAUACUCGAGCAGGACUGGGCGGAAGGAGGCGAAGAAGAGGGAGAGCGGAGGAGGAAGAAGGUGAUCUUCGUCACGAGCACCUGCUUCACGGACGAGCUAUUCGAGCGGGUGGCGCGCAAGGCCGGUGGCGGGCUGGAGAAGGGCGGGUGGCUGGUAACCUUCACCAAGGAGGUGCCGCCCGCGUGGGGCCUCCCGUUCGUUCUACGGCGGCGCUUCUCUCGCGUCAAGGUCAACUGGGGCUCGGUCAGCGUGUUCCUCUACAAGAAGGAAGAGUGCUGA